ACACACACACACACACACACACACACACACACACACACACACAAUACACACUUAAUGCAAGUGAAACUCUUGCUGCAGGAUGCUGCAGGAAUCAAAGUCCCUCCCCUUGAUUUUAUGACUUGUGAGAGAGUGAGUUGGUGAGAGCGAGAGAGUAGAGGACGUAGAAGAGUGGUGAUGCAGGGUAUCCAGUCCUGUCCAGAGCUUGAAUGACAUUCUGAGGUUCAGUUCUUCACCAUGCCACCAUGAGCAUAAGCUCCACUCACUGUGAAAAUGGCACAAAUAGGAAAUUCCUCCAGUCAGGUAAGGAACAUAAAUAAUGAUAAAUGGAAAGUCUGAACUAAAUGUAUUUCUUUAAGAUAAGUGGGAUCUGUGAAGUGUAAUAAUGACUUCCUGUCCUGUCCAACCUCACGAGCACAUGGAUAUGGUGUACAUCUCCAUUGAGACCACUAUUGCUCUGGCCUCUGUGGUGGGGAAUGUACUGGUGGUGCUGGUGGUGUAUGAAAACCGGGCUCUCCGCAACGCAACCUUCUGCUUCAUUGUGUCUCUGGCCAUGGCUGACAUCGCUGUGGGACUUUUGGUCAUCCCUCUAGCUAUCGUUAUCAGUGUGGGAUAUUACACUCAGUUCUACACAUGCCUCUUCCUGUCUUGCCUGAUUCUGAUGAUCACCCAGAGCUCCAUCUUUUCCCUACUGGCAAUAGCCAUCGACAGAUAUCUGCGAGUCAAAAUUCCUACCAGGUACAGCAUCAUAGUGACUAAUGGGCGAGCGUUUGUGGCAAUUUGUCUCUGUUGGAUUCUUUCCUUCCUCACUGGAUUGGUUCCGAUGAUUGGCUGGAAUAACCGGGAUACCGCAAACCGCAGCAACGCCAGUGAAAUAUGCUGCCAGUUCACCGCUGUUAUAAGGAUGGACUAUAUGGUGUACUUUAAUUUCUUUGUCUGUGUGGCACCACCACUGCUGAUAAUGAUCACUCUGUAUGUGGAGAUCUUUAGGGUCAUACGGAAGCAACUUAACCGCCGUGCUGAGGCCACCUGUGAUGGAGACAAGUACUUCCGGAAGGAGCUGAAACUAGCCAAAUCGUUGGCCUUGGUGGUGUUUCUCUUUGCUUUGUGCUGGCUCCCAAUACAUAUCAUGAACUGCGUGACUUUAUUUUGCCCAAAUUGUAUCAAUCCGAUAGCCUCAAAGGUAGGGAUUUUCAUGUCCCAUGUAAACUCGGCUCUUAACCCGCUGGUUUAUGCAUUCAAGAUGAAGCAUUUCCGUGCCACACUCAUCCAAAUCAUUCGCCGCUGCAUGUUAUGUAAACCCUUAGAAGCGACCGCAUACCCUACAAGCACAGUAGUCCUAAAUUAGAGAGUGAAUUUAAGUGUAAAAAAAAGGACUGCGAUAUUUCUGUUCUUGGUUUCCAGUGAUGGUGUAUCAACAAUACUAAUGGGAUUACAUGAUAUAUGGAACUGAUAAGGAAAAUAAACCCAUUAGCUGGAAUAACACAGCACUUCACUGAGUCUUGGGAAACACCCAUAUCUUAACCAUUUACAUUUCUGUGAGUUUCAUUAGAAUAAACCAAGGUUGCAGUGAGAAAAACUGAAAGAAAAUUAUAUCUUCAUCAGUCUGGCAUUUGAUUUGUUUUGUUUUUGUUAUUAAGUUCUUUCCUUACUGAUUCAUAUUGAAUUUUUUAAUCAUUGUAAUGUGCUGUAGAUAAACAUCAUAAAUGAUGCAUUCAAUAUUUCAUGCUCAGAAUGCUUCAAAGUGGAAACAAGAGAUGUAUUUCCCAUUUUAACAAAAUACAUUUUACUCAGUGAGAUGUUGCAGGUAUGUCUUAGACAUUGCCAAAGUUAUUAUAUUUCAAGGACAUUAUCCAUGUUUGUGCGAAAGCCAGUGGCAUUCCAUAGUGGGCGAAAUAUUGCAAUAUGUGCCAAAGUGGUCGACUGACUUAUAAAUGAGAUUAGAUUCAUUGCAAAGAUUGAAUUUGGAAAACCACAUACUAGAUGCUUGAUGAGUCACAUGAACACAGUCAGAAGAGUGAAGAGAUUUACUGGCAUAAUAUCAAUACAGAGUGCAGUUUGUUCUCUGGGUUUCACAUAAACAGUUCAAUAUAUGCUGAGAUGAAAAGGCUCUGCCUUGAAUGCAAAUUAAUCAAUUCAGGCACUACACCAAAUGAGACAAAAACUCUGCCAAUAUCAAAGCCUUUCAGCCAUAAGUCUUUAUCAUAGGAUGCAGGGACUUCCUCAGUGAAUUCACAUAGUUGAGGCCAUAUUUCACAAGCUGUGGCAGAAUGGUGAAAAGGCUCUGGCGCAUUUAAAGAAAUUAACAACAGAGCAUUAUGUUCAAGUGAUUUAUUCCAACUCCAAGGCUAAAGCUUCUGCUAAAGCCGCAUCGGUUCUGCAUCGUCAUCAGUUUGACCUCAGGACUACAUCCACUCAGUACUUAAUACAUAAAAGCGGUAUAAUCCUUUUAGAAUAUUAAAUGAUUUUCCAUUUGAUAUGCUCAGAACACCAGGCUUUGUGUUAAAACAAUGGGGUUCAAAAAGGUAUUUAAUUAUCGCUCAACAUGUCAAUAUGUACUAUAUAUUACCAUCUCUAACCUUCAUCCUCGCUGAGGGAUUUGAAACUGCUGAGUGUGGUCUAAUCCCCAGCACUCAUCUUAGAGAAGCAGGUACCGCAUAACCAACCUGGCAUUUACUGCCUUUGCACCACACAGCCCUGUGAGCACUGGCCUAACAAUAUCUACAGUAGAGAGGUAAAAGCAUGGUGUAAGUAGGAAGUGUCUAUCGUGACUUCAUCACACAGAAACUGAAAUCUUCGCAAGCAACAGAAUUUUGCAUGCCCAACCAACUAUAAGAUGGCUGACACUCAUAGAGAAGGAGAGGAACAAGGGGAAGAACAAGAUCUAGAGGCUCCAGAAGAAGAGAUGGACGAACAUAAUGCUUUGCUACACUUAAGCAAAUACCGUGAAGCUCAGUUUGCAAAACCGUGGGAGCAGUGGACCUUCAGAGAUAAAGCAAACUAUUACAUGGACCGCAUCUUCCUUGGGCUUUUGGUCACUUUUUUGGUCAUUUUUAUUGGAGAGUGUGGCUAUAAAAUCUGGUACUUGACAAACGUGAAUGCGAUUGUGGAGUUUGUUUCAGAUUUGGUGGUCUUUUUGUUCGAUUGGCUCUUCACGCAGGACAGACAGGAGCAGGUGGCUGAACUAUAGGCUGCAAUGAAAGGAUUACUUGAUUUGGUCUUUUUUUGUGUGUAUUUUCUGCAAUGUUUAAAACACAAAACAUCACUAGAGAAUUUGUCUGCAUCUUAGUAAGGAAUUUUUGUAAUAUUACCAGUACCUGAGCACUAUUUCUGAUCAUUUUUGAUGGAAGUAAACAUAUUGAAUGAGCUGUCUCACUGUCAUGCACUUCAAUGAUUUGUACCAUGUGUUUUUUCCCCCAAACCAACUAUGUAAUUAAAAAAAUUAUUAAUUUCA